AUGCCUGCGCCGCUACGGGUGCUGGGCACAGCGCACCUCCAUGGCCUUUCUCCCAAUCGCCGGGAAGGUGUGAUUCUGGUGGCGGCCUUCGGACCUCAGUACCUGGCCAUCUGCGAGGUGGCCGCCGGUGUCGACGAGGCCGUGGCCUUGCGGCUGCGGUGCAGGGCGCGGCUGCCAGACUGGCCGCUGGAGGUGGCCUGGGCACAGGAGAUUUUGGUAGUGGCAUAUGGACGAGUGUUUCUUGAGCUGUGGCACCUGGAAGAAGGAGCCUUGCGACAAGGAGUGCGCCUCCCAGGGCCGGCAGAGGUCUCCUUCCUCUACUCGGCCGCGCUGCGGGUGGACGCAUUCGACGUCGCGGGCGCGGGAGUCGGCGCAGUCUGCGCCGGGGGCACCUUCGACGGCUUCGUGGUGCUGUGGCCCGCGGGGAAAGCGGAGGCGCUGCAGCUGGCCGGUCACCAGGGUGCCAUCUUCCGCGUGCGGCUCUUUGACGCCAACACCAUCGUCACCGCCUCAGACGACCGCACCGUGCGCGUUUGGGGCACCGCCGCCUCGCCGCUUGGCGCGGAGCCGCCGGCGGAAGGCGCUGACGUGGGGGGCUGGCGCUGCCUGGCGGUGUGCCGGGGCCACGGCUGCCGGGUGUGGGACGCGCUGCUGGCCGAUGCGCCCACGGGGGCCCUGGUGGUGUCGGCUUCCGAGGACUCCAUUGUGCGGGUCUUCUCGGCCGGCGGCGUGCUGCUGCGACGGCUCUCGGGGCACCAGACGCGGGGCGUGCGGUGCCUGGAGCUCCUGGAGCACUCGGUGGCCUCCGGCGGAGAGGACGGGGCGGUGAAGCUUUGGCCUUUGGACCUGGGCGGCGAGGUGUCGGUGAGGUCUUGGCAGGUGCCGCAGCCCGAGGACUGGAUCCGGGAGGUGGUGGUCCUGUCUCAUUUGCGGGCGCUGGUGGCCACGAAUUUCGGGAAGCUUUACCGACUGCAGCUGACGGAGGGUGAGGACGAGGUGAAUGCCACGUUGCUCUUCCAGCACGAUGGCGCCUGCUUCACGUCCAUGGCAGCGGCUUCUGCCCACAUCUGGGCAGGCUGCGCGGAUGGGCGUGGCUGCAUCGUGGCCGAAAGCGAAGGAGAACCGAGCGGCACCUGGGUGGAGGUUUUUCACCAGUGCCGAGUGGGUGCAGCAUUUGCCUCAGAGGAAGAGGGCCUCUUCUGUGACCACCAGGGCCGGGUGCAGCAGUGGCUCCCUGGCCCCGCGCCGCGCUUAAAGGCCACCUGGCGCCUUGGCGGCGAGAAGAACCGGCGGCUGCUGUGCGCGGAGCGGGUGCUGGGCAGCUGGCUGCUGGGGGACGAGCACGGCGUCGUCCAUGCCCUCAAGGAACCUCUGCAGUUUCGCAAGUGCCACGAGGGCAAGGUGCUCGCGCUCCGCGCCCUCGAGGAGCCCGGGGAGUUCCUCUCCGCCGGCGCCGACGGUGCGGUGCUGCGGCACCGGCUUGCGGAAGGCGCGGAGGUCUCGUGGGCGGUUCUGGGCACCUUCCGCCCGGGCUGCGGGCUGCGGCACUUGGCGCAGCUCGCGGUGCUGGAGGAAGAGGACGCCAUGCCGCAGAUGCUCAUCGGUGCCUUCCAGUCUGCAGACUUCGUGCUUUGGGACUCCGCGGCGAAUCUGGAGCUUUGGCGCUUCCGCUGCGGCGGCGCGAAGCGGCCCCACGGCCUGGUGGCAGACAGGCGCAGCUUUACCUUUGCUUUCUCCUCCGGCUCGAAGACUUUGGAGUUCCACUCCACCUUCGCCAUGGACGACCAGGUGGGCCUGAAGAAGCCGCUGCACGGCCGGGAGAUCCACCAGGCCUGCUGGCUGCAGCCUGGGCUGUUGGCCACGGCCUCGGAGGACACCACGCUGCGGCUGCUGCGGGCGGGGGAUGGCCAGAAUUCAGAGCCGGAGGGCACCGUGGUGCGCUUCCCCGGGGCAGUACGCGCGCUCUGCGCGGCGAAGCUCGCGGAGCCGCUGCUGCUCUCCGGGGGCGCCAAGGGCGCGCUGCGCGCGCACCUGGCGGGGAGGCCUGUGUGGGCCACUUCUCUGGCCGCGGAGGACCCGGUAAAGAUCGAGGGCGAGGAGGAGAGUCGCCUGGAGGAGCGCAUCAUGGCCUUGGGCUGCGUGAGUUUCAGUCGUGAGCUGCUGGUGGCGGCCGCCUCCUCCAGCGGGCUCCUCCGCAGCUGGCGCCUGGAUGUGGAGCGCUGCCUCUCCGGCGGCAACGCGGAUGCGACCUUCCUGCGGCGGUGCCAGGUGUCCGGCACCACCGCGCUGUGCAUGACGUGCCUUGGGUCAGCCGACGCCGCUUCGGCCGCUUCGGCCGCUUCGGCCGCUUCGGCCGCUUCGGCCGCUGCGGCUUUGGUGGGCUCCGCGGACGGCAAGCUGAGCGCCUGCGACCUGGGGCCGGAAGCGCCGGAGGUCUUCCAGGUGCAGCUCCAUGAUGCGGGCCUGAACGAUUUGGCGCUUGAGAGCGACCUGGCGGAUCCCACGGCUGUGCGGGUUGUGACGGCUGGGGACGACCACCGCAUCGCGCUGGCACGGCUCAGGCGGACCUCGGGACGAUGGGUUUUGGUCAGCUCCAUGCGGGUGGAAGCCCACAGCUCGGCGGUGAAGGCGGUGGCCUGGGCAAGCGGCCGGGUGCUGAGCCUGGGUUUGGACCGACGCCUCAGGGUGUGGCAGCCGGAGACUUUGCAGCAGGAGGCGGAGCAGGUCACCUGCUGCACGGAGCCUGAGACAUUGGCCGUGCGCCCCCUGGGCGAUCGGCUGAUUCUUGCGCUCGCAGGACGAGGCGUCGAGAUCUGCUCCCUGCGAAGUUCGCCAUUGCCUGGUUGA